CAGAAGCAGCCCAGAGGUGGCCGCCGCCGGCAGCGAGGCGCCCCCGGCCCGCGGGGCUGUCGCCGCCUGCGCCCCGCUGUCCGGGGGGCCCGGAGCGGGACUUCUUGAAGCUAACUCUCACGAAGAGGAGGAGCUGUGUUUCUGCCAGCCAGCCCCAGUCUCCAGUGCUGGUCCCCCUGAUGGCACUUUGUACAAGCCUGUGAAACCUGCCAAGCUGGACGCCACAGCUUUGCACGACUGCACUUUGGCCGCUGCUGUGCCUCCCUCGGAGCUGUCGAGCCAUGCAGUCCUAGCCUGUGAGACAGGCAUUCAUGAAGAGCACUAUGUGAGUGAGGCAGUGGAAGAUGAUGUGCCAGGCUACAGAGAGUACAGAGAUGCCUGCACCAUUACAGAUGUGUGCAACAGUACCAACCUUCCUGAAGUUGAAAUCAUCAGUCUCCUGGAGGAGCAGCUGCCUCAUUACAGGCUAAGAGCAGACACGAUCUAUGGUUAUGAUCACGACGACUGGCUUCACACUCCUCUCAUUUCCCCUGACGCCAACAUUGACUUAACAACUGAGCAGAUCGAGGAGACCCUGAAAUACUUCCUUUUAUGUGCUGAAAGAGUGGGCCAGAUGACUAAAACAUACAAUGACAUAGAUGCUGUCACACGUCUUCUGGAAGAGAAAGAACGGGACUUGGAAUUAGCUGCUCGCAUCGGCCAGUCGCUGCUGAAGAAGAACAAGUCACUGACAGAGAGAAAUGAGUUCCUGGAGGAGCAAGUAGACCACAUCAGGGAAGAGGUCUCCCAGCUGCGGCAUGAGCUCUCCAUGAAAGAUGAGCUGCUCCAGUUCUACACCAGUGCUGCUGAGGAGAGUGAGCCAGAGUCUGUCUGUUCCACCCCGCUGAAGAGGAAUGAAUCUUCCUCCUCCGUCCAGAACUACUUCCACUUGGAUUCUCUCCAAAAGAAACUGAAGGACCUUGAAGAGGAGAAUGUUGUGCUGAGAUCUGAGGCCUGUCAGCUGAAGACUGAGACCAUUACUUACGAAGAGAAAGAGCAACAGCUUGUCAAUGACUGUGUCAAAGAGCUAAGGGAUGCCAACAUCCAGAUUGCCAAUAUCUCUGAGGAGUUAGCAAAGAAGACGGAAGAUGCUGCGCGGCAGCAGGAGGAGAUCACCCACCUGCUCUCCCAGAUAGUCAACCUGCAGAAGAAGGCCAAAGCUUGUGCAGUUGAAAAUGAGGAACUUGUCCAGCAUUUGGGAGCUGCUAAAGAUGCCCAGAGACAACUUACAGCAGAGUUACGGGAGCUGGAAGACAAGUACGCAGAGUGCAUGGAAAUGCUUCACGAGGCGCAAGAAGAGCUGAAGAACCUUAGGAACAAGACGAUGCCCAACGCCAUAUCGCGUCGGUACCACUCUCUUGGUCUCUUCCCUAUGGACUCGUUGGCAGCAGAGAUAGAAGGGUCGAUGAGGAAGGAACUGCACUUAGAUGAACCUGACUCUCCGGACUUCGCGCACCAGAAGCGGGUCUUCGAGACGGUGAGGAACGUCAACCAGGUGGUGAAGCAGCGCUCCAUGACGCCGUCCCCCAUGAACAUCCCAGGCUCCAACCAGUCCUCUGCUAUGAACUCAGUCAUCUCCAGCUGCGUCAGCACUCCACGCUCCAGCUUCUAUGGGGGAGACAUCUCCAGCAUGAUGGUAGACAACAAGACCAACAGCAUCAUCCUAGAGACAGAGUCUGACAAUGGCAAUGAGGACAGGCUGAAGAAGCCUGGCACCCCGGGCACCCCUGGCUCCAGCGACCUGGAGACUGCGCUGCGCCGGCUGUCCCUGCGGCGCGAGAAUUACCUCUCGGAGCGCAAGUUCUUUGAGGAGGAGCAGGAGAGGAAGCUGCGGGAGCUGGCAGAGAAGGGUGAACUGCACAGCGGCUCCGUCACCCCCACAGAGAGCAUCAUGUCGCUGGGAACUCACUCCAGGUUUUCGGAGCUCACGGGCUAUUCGGGAAUGUCUCUCAGCAGCCGCUCCUACCUGCCGGAGAAGCUUCAGAUUGUGAAGCCGCUAGAAGGUUCUGCCACUUUGCACCACUGGCAGCAGCUGGCUCAGCCUCACCUGGGUGGAAUCCUGGACCCGAGGCCCGGGGUUGUCACGAAGGGCUUCAGGACCCUGGACCUGGACCUGGAUGAAGUGUACUGCCUUAAUGACUAUGAGGAAGAUGAGACAGGUGACAUUGCUUACAAGGGCCUAACUACCUCGACGCCAGUUCAGCACACAGAGACCUCAGGUGAGAGGUCACAAGCACAAGUGACUGUUUCAGACAGCAAGAAUAACCCCCGCCCAGCUCAGGCUUUCCCAGAGGAGGUGCAGGAGCCGGCGACUGACGAUGAUGAGGGGUCUGUACCUCAUCCUGGGAAGUGCAUGUCACAAACCAACUCCACCUUCACCUUCACCACCUGCCGCAUUCUGCACCCUUCCGACGAGCUCACGCGAGUCACGCCAAGCCUUAACGCAGCACCUACUCCAGCUUGUGGCAGCAUUGGCAACCUGAAAGGCACCCCAGUGGCCACUCCCUGUACUCCUCGGCGUCUGAGCUUGGCCGAAUCCUUCACUAACCUCCGGGAAUCCACCACCACCAUGAGCACGUCCCUGGGGCUGGUGUGGCUGCUGAAGGAGAGGGGCAUCUCGGCAGCGGUGUACAACCCGCAGAGCUGGGACAGAGCCGGCAGAGGCACUCUGCUGAGCGCCUACCCCCCGAAGAUGGCCAUCAUCCCCUCCACCCCACCCAACUCGCCUAUGCAGACGCCUUCCUCCUCCCCUCCAUCGUUCGAGUUCAAGUGCACCAGCCCACCUUACGACAACUUCUUGGCUUCGAAGCCUGCUAGCUCCAUCCUGAAGGAGGUGAGGAACAAAAAGAACAUCAGGAACAGCGAGAGCCAGACUGACGUCUCCGUUUCCAACCUGAACCUCGUGGACAAAGUCAAGAGGUUUGGUAUCACCAAAGUUGUGAGUUCAGGGCAGACCUCGGCUCCUCCUUUAACUGACGACCAGGGACCUCUUCUCUGCGGAGCACAGGGUCCGGUGAGGGCCCUUGUUCCUGGAGGCCUGGCACCAGAAGGUCUCCCGCUGGGCUGCCCCGCCGUGACCAGCGCCAUCGGGGGCAUCCCGCUGAACACUGGCAUCCGCAGGAAUCGGAGCUUCCCCACCAUGGUGGGCUCCAGUAUGCAGAUGAAGGGGCCCACGUCCCUGCCCUCGGGGAUCCUCAUGGGAACCAAGCUGCCGAAGCAAACCAGCUUACGGUGAGGGACUCCCUUUUUGCAGCUGGUCUUUUUAAAAGAGAACACUCCCAUCUCCUCCUGCCCUUCCCUGCCACCCCUCCGUCUCCUCCUGGGUUUGACAAAUCAGCUUUGUGCCUAACGGGAGAGAGGUGUAACCCUUGUGUACAAUGUGUAAAUAGGAAGCAGCUCUCUUGUAACUCACCGGGGCGGUUUGCGGCUCUCAGUCCUGCUGUGCUGAGGCUCACUUUGCUACCCUUCCCAAGGCCUUGCUUGCUUCUUGCUUGUGGGUUUGUGGUUUUUUUUUUUUUAAGAUGCACUGAAAAAUGAACACCACACAACAAAACCAACAGCAAAUAACUUGCCCAGGAGAAGGUGGAUUCUGCAGCUGGCCCAGGCUGCAUGGGAAGCUGUUGAAUGUGUUCUGCCAGCCCUCCUCUCCGUCACUUGAAGCGUGGAGCCCUCGUGCUUCCUGAGUGCCGAGGCAAGCACUCGGCGUCGCCUGUGCUGGCUCUGAGUCUGCUUCUGUGGGUGAGCUGCACUGAGUUAUUGGAGUGCCUGAAUGGAUGAAACGUGGCUCUUUUUAUUAUUUUUCUGCUCUGUGUUCUCCUCCUCCCUGAGAUUAGAAACUUGAACUGAGGCCCUGCCGCGGUCAGCAUCCAGCUGGGUACCGCAGCGCUGACCUCUCCCCACGCAGCCCUCGCGUCGGCGCGCUCACGCUCUUGGCCACUGGUUGUGGUGGGCUUUUUGGUUCUGUUUUAUCAAUGCUGCACUGGGUUGUGGAAGGGAAAAUGCUUUACUGUGUGUUGCUGACACUGGAAUGUGCUUUGUCAGUGCCCCCAAAGAGAACAGUGUUCACAGCUCGAGAGGCAAACGUGGCAGUGACCUCCCCGCGAGUCGAACUUGUGCAGCAGGGUGACAGAUGAGGGUGCUGAACAACAACACGUAGCAAAACCGGUGCUGGAAGGGGUGGCCUGGAGUCCUCAGCAGAGAACCACAGCAAACCUUUAGUAACAGGAUGGUACAAGCUGGAAAGACUAACUUAAAAGUCCUCAUGAUGAUCUUCAAGUUUCAUGCCUGUUGAGGACCACACUCUUGUAAGCAGGGUGAGAGUACUCCACAUCCAUUUUCUCUUGUCUCUUCUCAUCCAGAGUUGGACCUUAGCAUAGGUAACACUGUGGGCACCUCUUUGUGUCACAGUGCUUUUAACCUGAGAAAAUGCAUCCCAGACCCAAACGUCUAACCCCUACUUGUCCAGAAGGGAAAGAGGAGUCCUCACACAACCCUUAGCUACAGCCAAGUGAUCCUAACUGAUACUGCAGGCCUUUUUCCUCUGUUUCUCCCAAAUUUCUGCUGGGUGCUUGUGGAGAGAAUAGAAAUAUCCUGAAGCUGGAGGAGACUGGAGUGAGCUGGCUUUUAGGGCUGGGCUGGUUUCUUGAGCUGAGCUACACUUGUUUGUUUGGCUGGGUUUUUUGGACCGGGAGAUGGAGAGGAGCGAAGCAGGGAGGGUUUAACAUCUGCUUUCUUUUCCUUGCACCUCUUGUGGUAUCUGAACCAAUUCCCUCUUUGUUGACCUUGUCACACUACACAGAAUUGCUGUGAAUAGCUGUUUGUACCAGACUGUUACUGCAUCAUUAGCACUGAUGAUCUCCUGUGUAAAUGAAGCUGUCCCCUAAUCUUUGUGAGGAGGGGCAGGUGGGUGGCUUGCUGCUUGUUUGUUUUUUUUUCUCCUGAAUGAAGUAGCUGUCCAGGUAGUGCCAUGGACACUAAGGAUCUUUUUUGAGAAAGAAAACCCCAAAACACAUGGGUCAGCUGCUGCAUGUGUUUGAGGACUUCUAUUUAUUCUAUGAACUGACAACGUCUGAGUAAGAUGCCCUGGGCUCUCCCUGCUGUCGUCUGUGUGCACCUAUUGCAAGUAAAACUUCAGCAUCUUUUUAUUUGAAUGUAUCUUAAAACAGUAGAUAGAAUUACAACUGAUUCUGGGAAAAAAAAUCAACCCCAACUCGUGGACUUGCUUGGACCAUUUUAUAUAGCCAGAGGACGAAAGCAAUACCGUGUGAGAAGUGGCUAAGCGUGCGAUGGGGAAGCGUCGUUUAGCCUUUCAGUCAGCUGUAGGAGCUGUCCACCCACCAGAGGAAGCAAUUGUAACACAGCAGGAAGACUGCAGUCAAGUUUUCUUCACUAAUACAAUAAAAUAACUGAAAAGCUG